UCUAUGUUUUUUGACCAUCGUGUUAUGGUCGAUUCUUCAAAAAUUAAAUAUGAAUAUUUCAAUGAAAAACUAAGCAAACUUCAAUUUUCUCGUUGUGAAUCGUUUUGAAAUAUAAAUAUAAUACCACUGCAAAAUGGCUACUUGCAAUAUGAAUAUUUUGCUGACUACUUUGAAGAAAUUGAGGAUAGAUCAUACAGUAACUCGUUCCUUUCAAAAACCUAGAUAUAGACCUCCGUAUUGGUAUAUACAGAAGGAAAGUGUGCCAUGUCAAGACUUUUUAACCCAAGAUAAUAAACAAUUUCUUGAAGAAGUUGUACAAGAUAAGAAGUUAAAUCAAGCUCUUGUAAAAUCUCCCCUUGCCAGCAUUGAGACCAACCAAGUAGCUCAGUGGAAUUCCCAUACUCGCAGAGUUGGACUUAUUGCUCGGAAAAUUGGUAAUUAUCCUCUUUGGACUAAAGAUGGAAAGAAAGUGCAAACUACACUGUUACAAGUUGUAGACAAUCAUGUUGUUAAGUACGUGCCUCCUGAAGAAUUUAAUCCCAUGGUAAAGAGCUCAGAAAUUGUUACAUCUAAUAUUAAAAGGAAAUUAGGUUGUCUCUUAGUAGGCUCUGAGACUGUAGAUCCCAGUACUGUUACAAAAGACUAUUGUGGAAUCUUUAACAGUGUGGGUCUCUUGCCGAAAAAGCACCUCUGCAGGUUUAUGGUAUCACCGGAAUCCUAUCUUCCACCUGGAACUCCAUUAUAUGCCACUCACUUUAGAGCUGGGGACCAUAUAGACAUAAGAGCUAAAACAAUGGACCGAGGAUUCCAAGGAGUGAUGAAGCGCUGGGGAUUCAAAGGAAUGCCUGCAUCCCAUGGUGUUACUAAAACACAUAGAAGGCCUGGAAACAUUGGAGCUGGGGGACAAAAGGCCCGAGUAUGGCCUGGAACUAAAAUGCCUGGACAUAUGGGAAACAGAUGGAGAAUUCUUCGUGGCGUAAAAAUUCUACGUAUCAAUACAAAACACAACGUAAUCUGGACAUUGGGUGUUGCUAUACCUGGCGAAACAGGCGCCAUGUGCUACCUCUUCGAUACAGUUCUUCCAUUAAAAAAACAUAACUCCCCGCCGCCAUUUCCAACGCAACCCUUUGCAGAAGAUUUACCUCUAGAAUAUUUUGACGAUUCUGUGCAUGCAUUUGACCAACAGUCCAUUUCAUUUGAAGAGUCUUAACCUAACCACAUAACUCACAUUUAAAAACAGGCAGUUCCAUAGUUAAUGUUGCAGUAGCAGUAGGAAUAACUAGGUCCUUAUGUUUAAUGUUACUGUAUAUGUAAAUACAAACACUAUUUUAUAAGGUUAUAGCUAAAUUAAAAUAAAAUUCUGCCAAAAACCAU